GACAUCACAAUGUACAAAACCUUGGUAUUGUUAGCGUUUCUCUUCUCGAACGCUGUCUCGGUCCCCAUCCGUGACGGUCUAUUACCGAAUGGCAAUUUCGAGCUUGGUCCAAAAUCGUCACAGCUGAAGGGCGUAUUGGUCACGGACCGUGCCGCGAUACCGAAGUGGGAAAUCUCGGGUUAUGUAGAGUACAUAAAAGCCGGUCAGACACAAGGCGACAUGCUUCUCGUCGUGCCCGAGGGCUCGUCUGCGGUCAGGUUGGGCAAUGAGGCCUCCAUCCGCCAAAAGAUAUCUGUCAGAACCGGCCAGUUCUACUCCAUCACGUUCAGUGCGGCUCGGACCUGCGCUCAGGAGGAACGGCUCAACAUAUCGGUCACGCAUGAGUCGGGGAUCAUACCGAUCCAGACAAUGUACAGCAGCAACGGCUGGGACUCGUACGCUUGGGCGUUCAAGGCCGGUGGACCCGAUAUCGAGGUCCGAAUCCAUAACCCUGGUUUAGAGGAGGAUCCUGCUUGUGGACCCUUGAUCGACUCGCUCGCCAUUAAAGCCUUGUCCCCUCCAAGAUUCUUGAGAAAUAAUAUGAUAAAGAACGGUAACUUUGAGGAAGGGCCGUACGUGUUUCCGAAUGUGAAAUGGGGGGUCCUGAUCCCACCGUUCAUCGAGGACGAUAACAGUGCCUUGCCCGGUUGGAUCGUCGAGUCGUUGAAGGCGGUCAAGUACGUGGACAAGGCCCACUUCGCCGUACCAGAGGGCCAUCGAGCCAUCGAGCUGGUCGGAGGAAAAGAGAGUUCGGUGGCUCAGAUCGUGAGGACUACGCCCAACAAGUUCUACAAGCUCACGUUCGCCGUCGGUGACGCCGGUAACUCCUGCGAGGGUCCGAUGGCGGUCGAGGCGUUCGCCGGCCGGGGGAGGAUCUCGGUUGAUUACGUGUCCAGUGGCAAAGGAGGGUCCAAACCAGCUCGACUCAUGUUCAAGGCCAUCUCGGCUAGGACACGUGUCACUUUUCUCAGCACGUUUUAUCAUACCAAGAGCGACCACUCCGGUUCGCUCUGUGGUCCGGUCAUUGAUGACGUCAGGCUGGUUCCUGUCCGUAGUCUCCGAGGUUGAAAAAAAAAAACUCGAGUCUACUUUUAGGAUUUGAUCCAAUACAUAUAAAUUGGGUUCUGAUGACGGCGAUGGACUUGAAUAUACAACGGUUAUAAACAAUGUAAUUUCUGUUCCUAUAUUUUUUAUAAUUAAUAAUAAGAUAUGUCUUUGCACAA